AACACUUCAUUUAUUUCAAUGAAAAAGUACCUAGUUGUAUGUAAAAAUAUUAAGUAGAAAGAUGGAGUAUGGCUUUACCCGUAAUCGUAAUGAUGGAUGGAAUGAAAACUAUUAUGGAGAUGACUACUAUUAUGGAGAUGACUACUCUGGUGGCGGCAACUAUUAUGGGUGGCACGAUUAUGGUCAAACUAGAAGUCAUGGCAGAAUACCACCAGAUUUAAGGGGUCAGGGAUAUGGCCCAGAAGGACCAUCAUACCGGAGAGAAGAGAAUCCUGCAGGUUACUUGUCACGUGAGUUGAAUAAGCUGACUACUUCUUCAAAAUGCAGCUUACAUGUGGAACUAUUAAUCUUGCUUUAUAAACAAGAGAAUAGAAAAGAAGUGGAAGAACCUAUAUUUAAGAAUGGAAACCGUAUCAUAUUGUAUCACUAAAGAUAUAAAUUACACAUAUUAUAAUGGUUACAGUUCUGUAAACGCUACAGUGAGUAUAACUUAAUAUUACACAUAAAUGCGAAUGUUUUUGCAAUACAGCUGAUUUUAUUAAAGGGUACAAUGAACAUGUAGUAAAUUGUAUUCAAAUAAUUUUUAAAUAAACUAUUUUGAACAUUGUG